GGCUCCGGGCGCGUGACGCAGUCGGGGCGCGCCGGGCUCGGGCGGCGGCAAGAUGGCGGCGGCGCAGGGCCUGGGGGAGGCGGAGCGGCUGGACUUCCUGCGGGAGCGGCAUGUGCGCUUCUUCCAGCGCUGCCUGCAGAUCCUGCCCGAGCGCUACUCGUCCCUGGAGACCAGCAGGUUGACAAUUGCAUUUUUCGCACUCUCUGGUCUGGAUAUGUUGGAUUCCUUAGAUGUGGUGAACAAAGAUGAUAUUAUAGAAUGGAUUUAUUCCCUGCAGGUCCUUCCCACAGAAGACAGAUCAAACUUGAAUCACUGUGGAUUCAGAGGCUCUUCCUAUUUAGGGAUGCCAUUCAAUUCCUCCAAGGGUCCAGGUAUAUCUCAUCCCUAUGAUAGUGGGCACAUAGCAAUGACUUACACAGGUCUGUCAUGUCUGGUUAUACUUGGAGAUGAUUUAAGUCGAGUAGAUAAAGAUGCCGUACUGACAGGACUGAGAGCUCUCCAGCUGGACGAUGGAAGUUUCUGUGCAGUGCUGGAAGGAAGUGAGAAUGAUAUGAGGUUUGUGUACUGUGCCUCCUGCAUCUGUUACGUGCUCAAUAACUGGUCAGGCAUGGAUAUGAAAAAAGCAAUUGACUACAUUAGAAGAAGUAUGUCUUAUGAUAACGGCCUGGCACAGGGAGCUGGACUGGAAUCUCAUGGUGGCUCUACAUUUUGUGGUAUUGCAUCACUGUGUUUGAUGGGAAAACUGGAGGAAGUUUUUUCAGAAAAAGAACUGAACAGAAUUAGAAGGUGGUGUAUAAUGAGACAACAGAAUGGCUACCAUGGACGACCUAACAAACCUGUAGACACCUGCUAUUCAUUUUGGGUGGGAGCCACAUUGAAGCUCUUGAACAUAUUCCAGUACACAAAUUUUGAGAAAAACCGAAAUUACAUCCUGUCAACUCAAGAUCGCCUUGUUGGUGGAUUUGCCAAGUGGCCAGAUAGCCAUCCAGAUGCUCUACAUGCCUACUUUGGGAUCUGUGGUUUGUCGUUAAUUGGAGAGUCUGGUAUUUGUGAAGUUCACCCUGCCCUGAAUGUCAGCAUAAGAACCUCAGAGCGCCUUCACCGCCUUCAUCAGAUUUGGAACAAGGACUCUCAACAGUGUUCAGUCAACACACACCUCUCUACAUGACUGAUUUAGACUUGAAUUUAGUUCUGGUAGCAUAAUUGUAGCCCAAGGUUAAAAGCCAUCUAUAACCAAUGUGCUCUUUUAAGUGCUGGAGUCAUACAAUCAGAUCUGUGUUGCUGGCAUCACUUUGAUAGGGACUUGCCUUCAGCAGGUAUUCUGCAUUGUGAAAAAAAGGAAAUAUUUUGGUUAUAUAGGAAGUUUGUCACCACGGACGGUAAAUGGCUCUUCAAAUGGCUUUACUUCUAAGAAAUCCCUUGAGGCAUUUAAACUUCAUUUUUAUUUUAUUUUUUUAAAUUUGUGCAUACUGUGUCCAAAUAUAUAAUGGGGAUGUAUUUUAAAAAUCUGUUUACAUAUCAUACAGUAUAGCACAGAACUGUGUUCUUUAUGAUCUUAAUGUUUCACAUAUUUUUGGGUAGAGAAUCUCCCAUAUUAAGUCUCAGUUAAAAUUUACCUUUUAUCAUGUACUUUAAGAUUCUGUAAACUUUGUUAAAAAAACAACAACAAAUAAUUACAAAUAAAAUUAUUUUAUUCAAUAUACUGAA